AUGAGGCCCCACCAGUGGCAUAGUGGCCCUGUGGUAGGCAUCCGAACCCUCCCAUCCGAGCUCAUCUUGUACAUCUUCGAAGACGUCCUAGGACCUACGACGUUCGGCAACAUCGAUCUGGAUGAUCCGGAUAGGCAUUGGCGCGAGCUCGCAGACAAAUAUUGCCCAGCUCUCUGGCAGACGAUCGAUAUCACUCUCAAGCGAGAGUGGGUGGAGCUCUGUCUUGCCAACUCCAAAGAGAUGGGCCUGCACCUGCAGUUUCCCGCUGAAUAUCCUGAAGGCGAGAGACGCAACUCUGGUGGUCAACCCAGGUUCGAACCUGGACCUGAGGUAUCUGUCGUACUCCCGCUCAACCACGCACAGCGCAUCCAGAGCGUCUGGGUAUCUGGAGAGAAGGCCAUCGAACAGCUCAGCAAAUUACGCGAUCUGUUCAAAAUGCCUCUUCCCCGUUUGGAAGAGCUGCGCGUCACGAUGAGAGCUGAGAGCAUCGUAUUCGACGGACCCGUUCUCACCGAGAUUCUCGAUAUCGACUCCAGGCGCCUCCCUGCCCUCCGCAUGCUCGUACUUGAUGGUGUAUAUAUUCCAUGGAGCUCCGGUAUUCUGCGCAACCUACGUGCUCUCAAAAUCGUCUACACGGCAAGCAGCGACCCCCGGUAUUGCAUGACGCUCCGCCAGUUCCUUCGCGCGCUAGGCGCGUGCCAGGCUCUCCAAUACCUGUCUAUCUUCAUGUCGGACACUUGGUGUCAAGAAAAUACGGCAAGCCCCGGUGAUGCUAUCACUUUGCCAAACUUGCGUCUCGUCGAAAUCACAUCUCUCUCCGCCCAGAUGGACGCCGUCGACGAGUUGUUCCACGUUCUCGCACACGUCCGGUUCCCUGAACACUGCUGCAUCAACCUCUCAACCGAGUCACAGACGCCGUUCCGGUACAAUCAACUCGUCCCAAAUGACGUGCAGUGCUUUCCCGUCCUUGGAAGCGCGACUGAGGCAGUCUGGGGGGGGCGUGCUCGCUUUAGCUGCCGGACUGCCCCGCGGUCCGGAGGCUCAACUCGCGGAGAGCUCGUCGUCAACGUCGACUGCAUCGGUGAUUGGGAGUUUCAUACCAAUCCUCUUAUAACCUACCACGAUGGACGUCCCAUCCUCCACCCAUACGCUUCCAUGCCGGACACGAACCCUGAGGGAACGCUCGCGGCCUUCUGCUCCUAUCUCAGCCGUGCGCGCUUGACAAAGCUCACGUUGCAGUACAGCGAACUCAUCAGUGAAGGCGCGUAUCUGUCUGCGUUUCGCGUGUUCCCUUACCUUGUGGAGCUGGUGCUCGACUAUCGCCAGCAGCAGCGGGCCUCCUCUCGGGCAGAGAUUGGCAGGGCGCUCCGCGCCCUGGCCGGGCAGAUAGGACCCUCACCAGGCGCGCUAGCGGCGAGAACCGGGGAAGUCCCUCUCCCGAAUCUGCGCAUUCUGCGCUUCAGGGAUGUGUUCUGGUACAACGAGCUGCCCAACCAUGUCCAGCAGUGUCAGUGGGUUCGUCAGAGUCAUGGUGCAGCUCCGCUGCAGGUUGACUUCGGCCGCCCUCGCAUGUAG